GCAACAAACUAGUUACCAUGGCAACUCCAUCACCGAAAACAAGUAAAUAAAAUUGACUGUCAAGAAAUAAUAGUAAAACAAUUGAAUUGAAUUCUCAGAAUUCAAAAGAUUUUGUACUCACGUAUUAAAAAAAAUGAAUUGGGAUGAAGACAUUGACCUUCUAGCUGGGAAAAAGUCAGCUGCUAAGCUGGGUAGAAGAUCUAGUAAUAUUACUCCGCCAUCGCAUAAUAACGAUGAAAUUCUGAAUGUCAACGACUUUGAAAAUAACCCUGAAACUCGCGAAAAACCCAUACAGGCAAGAACAACGGGAGUUUGGGUAGACGAUGGUGUUAAAUCGGCAAAGACCAGCAGAAACACUGCAAACAUUAUCGAACUCGAAAGAUUUCAAAGCGAAACCAAACGGGAUGACGAUGACAUACCCGAAAUUCCAGACAUUGAGGAUUUACAAGACGACCCCUUAAAUCUUCCUGAUGUCAAGCCCGUGGUAACCGUGGAUAAAUCAACUUACAAGGAACUGGAUAAUCAGCUUGGUAACAUACAAACCGAUAAAAUAAAUUUUGGUAAUUUGGGAAACAUAGACCUAUCAUUCUUGACCAACAAACUUUACCCAGAAAAAGAUGUGCAAAGCAAACCCGAAAUCUGGACAAUGGAAAGUCUAUUUAACGAAUUAUCGAGAAAUAACUAACAUUAAUAUUAUAAUUUUAAGUUAAUAUAAUUUGAUUUUAUCCUA